GAGCUCGCGGUGAAAGGAUUUGGCGCCAGGCGGGUCCCGCUCCGCAGCUCCCGCAGCCGCCGCAGCCGCACAGGCCCCCCGCGCCUCCCGCCCGCUCCCACCGCCCGCCGGGGCACCCGUACACCGCAGGCACAGCCAGAGUCGCCCGCCCGUCCCUGACCGCCGCCGCCCGCGCGCCGCCCAGGGACCGAGCCGCCAGCGCCGCCGCCAUGAGCUGCUCGCCCGUGAACGUGAAGAAGCUGAAGGUGUCGGAGCUGAAGGAGGAGCUGAAAAAGCGGCGCCUCUCCGACAAGGGCCUCAAGGCCGAGCUCAUGGAGCGGCUCCAGGCCGCGCUUGACCAGGAGGAGGCCGGCGGGGGCGGCCCCGCCAGCGGCGCGGCCGAGCCCGGCAACGGCAGCGUGGAGGGGGAGGCGGCCGAGAGCGGCGGGGGCGCCGCGCAGCUCCGCCAGGGGGGAGGCCCUGGCCAGGCCGCGGCCUCCGCCAUGGAGGACGACGACGAGGAAGGGCUGGAGGCCGCUGAUGGCGACGCCAUGGAGCUGGGCGAAGAGAACGGCGAGCGGGCGGGGGCCGGGGGCGGCCCCAUGGAGGAGGAGGCGGGCGGCGAGGAGGAGGAAGAGGAGGAGGAGGAGGAUGAGAACGGCGACGACCAGGGAUUCCAGGAGGGGGAGGACGAGCUGGCCGACGAGGAGGAGGCCGUGGCCGGAGACGCCAACGGGCACGGCGACCAGCAGCCGCCGCAGUCCCAGCAGCCGCAGCAGCCCCCACCGCUCCUCCCGCCGCGCGGCGCCGCCGCCGCCAAGGAGGCCCCGGGCAAGAGCGCCGGGGGCGCCUCGGGGCCCGCCGCGGCCGCCGCCUCCGGCCCGGCGGGCCCCGCCAAGCAACAGCAGCAGCAGCAGAAGAAAGCGGAAGGCGGCAGCGGCCGCCCUGGGGCUCAGGGCGCCGGGGGAGAUGGUAAAAUGGAACAAAAACCUGGUGAGAAGAAGAGGGGAGUGAAAAGACCACGUGAGGACCAUGGCCGAGGAUAUUUUGAAUACAUUGAGGAAAAUAAGUAUAGCAGGGCCAAGUCCCCUCAACCACCUGUUGAAGAAGAAGAUGAACAUUUUGAUGACACAGUGGUUUGUCUUGAUACUUAUAACUGUGACCUGCAUUUUAAAAUCUCAAGAGACCGGUUUAGUGCUUCCUCUCUGACCAUGGAAAGCUUUGCUUUCCUUUGGGCUGGAGGGAGAGCUUCCUAUGGAGUUUCUAAAGGCAAAGUCUGCUUUGAGAUGAAGGUUACAGAAAAGAUUCCUGUUAAACACCUGUAUACAAAAGAUAUUGACAUACAUGAAGUGCGAGUUGGCUGGUCACUGAACACAAGUGGAAUGUUGCUUGGUGAAGAAGAAUUUUCUUAUGGGUAUUCUCUAAAAGGAAUAAAGACUUGCAAUUGUGAGACUGAAGACUUUGGUGAGAAGUUUGAUGAAAAUGAUGUGAUUGGAUGUUUUGCUAAUUUUGAUGGUGAUGAAGUGGAACUCUCGUAUUCCAAGAAUGGACAAGAGCUUGGUGUUGCAUUCAAAAUAAGCAAGGAAGUUCUUGAUGGGCGACCACUCUUUCCACAUGUUCUCUGCCAUAACUGUGCAGUUGAGUUUAACUUUGGUCAGAAGGAGGAACCUUACUUUCCUGUUCCUGAAGAGUAUACCUUCAUCCAGAAGGUCCCCCUGGAGGAUAGGGUCCGAGGACCAAAGGGACCUGAGCAAAAGAAAGAUUGUGAGGUGGUGAUGAUGAUUGGUUUGCCUGGGGCUGGCAAGACUACAUGGGUUACCAAACAUGCAGCAGCAAAUCCCGGGAAAUACAACAUUCUUGGGACAAAUACUAUUAUGGACAAAAUGAUGGUUGCAGGUUUUAAGCGUCAGAUGGCAGACACUGGGAAACUUAACACACUGUUGCAGAGAGCUCCACAGUGUCUUGGGAAGUUCAUUGAGAUUGCAGCUCGUAAGAAGCGGAAUUUCAUUUUGGAUCAGACAAAUGUGUCUGCAGCUGCGCAGAGGAGAAAAAUGUGCCUGUUUGCAGGCUUCCAGCGCAAAGCAGUUGUUGUUUGCCCAAAAGAUGAAGACUACAAGCAAAGAACACAAAAGAAGGCAGAGGUGGAGGGAAAAGAUCUUCCAGAGCAUGCAGUUCUCAAAAUGAAAGGGAACUUCACACUGCCAGAGGUAGCAGAAUGUUUUGAUGAAAUAAUCUAUGUAGAGUUGCAAAAAGAAGAAGCUCAGAAGCUUUUGGAACAGUAUAAAGAAGAAAGUAAGAAAGCUCUUCCGCCAGAAAAGAAACAGAACACUGGCUCAAAGAAGAACAAGAAGAGCAAUAAAAAUCAAUUUAAUAGGGGUCAGAGAGGACGUGGAGGAUUCAACAUGCGGGGCAACUUCAGAGGAGGAGUCCCUGGCAAUCGUGGUGGAUACAACAGAAGGGGAGGCAACAUGCCUCAGCGAGGUGGUGGAGGUGGCGGUGGUGGCGGUGGCAGCAGCGGUGCGAUUGGCUACCCAUAUCCUCGCGGCCCUGUCUUUCCAAGCAGAGGUGGCUACUCAAACAGAGGAAACUAUAACAGAGGUGGAAUGCCCAACAGGGGGAACUACAACCAGAACUUCAGAGGAAGGGGAAAUAAUCGUGGCUACAAAAACCAAUCUCAGGGCUACAACCAGUGGCAGCAGGGUCAAUUCUGGGGUCAGAAGCCAUGGAGUCAGCAUUAUCACCAAGGAUAUUAUUGAAUACCCAAAUAAAUGAACUGAUACAUAUUUCUCCAAAACCUUCACAAGAAGUCGACUGUUUUCUUUAGUAGGCUAACUUUUUAAACAUUCCACAAGAGGAAGUGCCUGCGGGUUCCUUUUUUAGAAGCUUUGUGGGUUGAUUUUUUUCUUUUCUUUUUUUGUACAUUUUUAAUUGCAGUUUUAAAGUGAUUCGUAAGAGAACCUCAGCAUUGUGCACGAUAAGAGAAUGUGUCAGUAUUUCAGGGUUCUGCAUUUUAUCUGUAAAAUGUGACUUUUUUUUUACCACAACAAAAGUAAAACGUUGCUUUGUACCUGGUGUCUUUUUAUUAAAGAAUUUUCUCCUUUUUCCCCAUCCCCCAAUUUCUAAGAAACAGUCGUGAGUCAUGUCACAAUACGAUAGCAGUGUUAGCAACCAGAUUCGUACGGAGGCUUCUCGGUAGCCCUCAAAUACCAUGAGAUUAUGUAAAGCUCCAUAUUACACUCCAUCUUCUCUAUGAAGCUUUUGGGUUGGGAGGGGAGGAGGGGGAGGUAAAAGUUUCUGGCAAUAACUAGGACUUUUUUGUAACACUUGGAACUCUUUAGGAUGUUGGGGGCAAAGCAGAAACCUGGGGCUAAAUAGUGAAGGUGGAGUGUAUGUAGAAGCUCUUAAAGUUGUAAAACUCGGUUGCUUUAUUUGUGGAGGCUCAAACUUGUGAAGGUACAACACCAUAAUUUCUUUUCCAUUUGUUCUGCAUUUUGAUUCUGAAAAGAAGCUGGCUUUGCCCAUUUCUUAUUAAACAAAACUUGUUGUAAAUCCAGUUGUCUAAUGGGAUCUAUAUGAAGUUAGCUGUGUGUCUGUAUAACUUUCCCCACAAAAUACUGUAUACCUAGUGUGCUUGUAGUAGUUACUCCACCAUUUUGUAAGCUAAUGAAACUGUGAGUCACCCAUUUUAUAUCUUAAUUUUUAAUCAUGUCAAUUUUCAAAUGGGUGUAUCUCCUUAGCCUGCUGAUUCCUUUUCUCUUUAAAGAAGGUGGGUGGAGAAGUUUAACUCUAGACGUUUGUUUGCAAUAAAAUAAAUUCAUUUUACUCUUGUUUGGGAUUGUCACCAUCAAGGUCUAAAAUCCCUUUAAGGCUAUAAAGAGGAAGAGAAUGUAUGAAAGUGACGAUGUUGGACAGUUUUAAAACUCAUUGCUGUGUACAUGCUCAAAUACUUGUGUUUCUUUAAAAUCUAAACUGGUAGUCGCUCUGUUAGAGAUCUAUCACAUGUAUAAUUUCACAGUUUAACAUGGUUAUAUGUAUAGGGCAAAAG